CGAUGCAUCAUUCAUCAUUCGUUAGUUACUCUUUUAAAAAAAAAAAAUCAUACUAUAAUAGUAAUUCGUCGCGAACAAAUAUGCUUCCUAGAUAGCAAGUGGUGGCUACCGGUACCGGUACCAGUACGUUGGGGUGGCUAAGUUAGCUACCAGGUACCUACCACUAUCGGUACAUGUAGCUUUUCUGUUUGUCUUCGAGUCUUUGCUCCAGAUCGUUGACUGUCACUCGACUGUCACUCGUCAUCUCCGUGCUUUUUUAAUAGUUGCCCGUCGCGCGUACUGUCUGUUUGCCGGUAUGCUUCGAGUGGUGGUGUGACAAGCGUUGACAACGGGACUCGAUACGUGAUUGAGAGUUGCUUUACCGGUUGGGUCAAGCUGUUUCUUCACGCAACGUCGAAGACAGCAGCAAACUUUUGUUGAGUCUGAGGGAAGAGACAAUGGAGACGUCCAAGGCAACAGGAGCAUCAGCGUCCGCAGCAGUCAGAACAGUGUCGACAGGAAACUCCGACGAAGCCGCCGCCAUGACUUUGAGCAGUUCGUCCGCAGAAGUGGUGGCUUCUGAUACUUGUAACAGUAGUCCAGCCUCGUUGCGCGCGGACAGCGCCAGCAGUCACACUGGGACUUCUAUGCUGCGGAAGGGCACUACUAUGAUCAACAGCAGAACCAUUCCUGCCUCAACGAGCACCAUGGCAAGCAUUGGCAAGCACGACGCGGAAGAAGAUGCAGGAGUGAUUGCAGCUCCAGCAGACACUCUCAAUACUAGUUCAUUCCAGUCGAAUGGCGGACCGGCUGAGAUUCCCCCAGAGCCGUCUUCGGAGUCGCUACAACAAGAAGGACGGUCGUCGGUGACAGUGGCCAUAGAUGGUAACAGCAACGACAAUGAUGGUGGCGACGGUGACAACGACGUGGACGAAGAACAAGCAGAAGAGGAGGAGGAGGACGAUGAGAGUGAAUAUGAAUAUGAGGACGACGAAGAUGCUGCCUUUUCAGGCUUUCUUGUUGACAACCCACCGCUCGCCGCUAGUCUUUCAGCAGAAGCCGAGACCAACGCUUCUGGAAGUGCCGCUGAACCUGCUCGCAUUCGCGAUGAAGAAGAGUCCAUCAAUACUGCCGCUGUCGCCAAGGAGACUACUGGAAAUGCCGCUGCCAAGUGGCGAGAACCCUCACGAGCAGCGGUCUCCAUGUCGCUUCGCGCCGAAACGGAAAAGACUGGAAGUAAGCGACGCCUUGCUCAGGAUCUAUACCGCAUCAUGAACCAAGACACGGAAGAAGCUGGAUUCUCCAUUGGUCCAAAGUCAGAAGAUUGCAUGGACCAUUGGACCAUCAAGCUGUUCAAGUUCGACUCGGACAGCAACCUCGCCAAGGACAUGCUCGUACUGGGAUUCGAAUACAUUGAAUUGGAAAUGACCUUUCCCGAUCAGUAUCCCUUUGAGCCACCAUUCGUAAGAGUUGUCAGACCUAGAUUCAAACGACAGACUGGAUUCGUCAUGAACGGUGCUCUUUGUAUGGAGUUGCUUACCAAGGACGGAUGGAAUCCCGUAAACGACAUUGAAAGUGUGAUUGUGUCCAUCCGAUCUCUCCUGGUGGUUGGAGAUGGGCGCCUUCAGGCUGCUCAUGACAUGCCAGAACCAAAAUACCAAGCUCGUCUCAAGGCAAGUAAAAAGAGCUCAGAAGAUCAAAGCCGCAAGCGGCAAAAGAAAGAUGAUGAGUCUGAAAAGAGAUCUUCACAAUCCCAAGAUGGGGGCUCCUACACUGUCGCCGAGGCACAUGCGGCGUAUUCUCAUCUAUCUGAUUACCACAAAAAGAAAGGCUGGGAUUCUUCAGGAUGGUGGGCUCGAAAAGGCUAAGCUGUCGUGUCGUACAGGCUAGGCUGACUGUGUGGCAUGCAGACGAGAUGCAUUGCUAAAUUUCGGCCGUCGACUGCGGUUGACGAUGCUACUACAACAACAGGACUCUCGAACGAAGGAAAGAGGUCGGGAAACAAAUGGAAACACAAAUAUAGUACGAGCUAUUGCACCACGAGCAAACCGUUUUGUUGGUUGGUCUUCUUGGGGAUGAAUGAAAUUAUGAUAAUGAUUUGAUACGGAAAUGACACUAUAAACAAUGAUUGAGGUGUUCUGAGAUCUUGAACUAUGCUCAGUCAAGCCAGGCUUUUCUCGGUUUGUGCGCCACAGAUUCUUUGCUCAACAACACUAACUACUAGUAGUAAAGCAUGAAACGACAUUUUGCAAACACUUCUCGCCAGACUAAGAAAUAAUAGCAUCGAAUCGUCUUCUUAAUACUGUUCUUGCCCACUACCUAGC